AUGAGUAAACCAAUUCAAGUUUCCAUUAAACGAAAAGCUAAAAAAGUGUCAUCUUUAUUUGACGAAGACGACGUUCAAAAACCAUCGAAGCCAGUCACUUCGUCUAUCAUUCAUACAUUACCACAAGAGGAAGAGAAGAAGCGGAAGGAGGAGAAGAUCAUUUCAUUGCCUGAAAAGAAGAAAGGGAAAUCGGUGGUGGAACAAAUGUUGGAGAGAAAUCGAACAGGAAGAAAUGGAGUUUCAGUUGCAAAAGAAAGUGGAAUUGAGGAAUACAUUGCAAUGCCUGUAGAAUCGUUUGGUGAAGCAAUGUUAAGGGGAAUGGGUUGGAAGGAAAAAACUUCGAAAACUUCAAAUUAA